AUGGCCAGCCCCGCGCCCUUAGUGGCUUCCAUCGGCCACCAAAUGGUGGCCCUGCAGACCCUGCAGCUGCUGCAGCAGGAGUGGGGCUGGGGGGAAGGGCCCGGGGCCCCGGGGAGCCCGCGAGGCCCGGACCACGUGCCCGUCGCCCCGAUUGGGCGCUCAGGCCAGUUGCGGGCCCGGCGGGCACCCGGGAGCGAAGAGGGGGCAGCGGCGUGGGUCAGCUCCCCCGAGACGGAGGCCGUGCGGGGCGCCGAGGGGGGCGCCGAGCUGCUCCCUUUCCCCCGGGACAGCCGGCCCUGCACCCUGGCCAGGAUGGCCAUGCGCAGUGCGCUGGCCCGCGUGGUGGACUCGACCUCGGAGCUGGUCAGCGUGGAGCAGACGCUGCUGGGACCUCUCCUGCAGGAACGGUCCUUCCCCAUCCACCUGAAGGACAGUGUUGAGUUUAGGAACAUCUGCAGCCACCUGGCUCUGCAAAUUGAAGGGCAGCAGUUUGACAGAGACUUGAACGCUGCUCACCAGUGCUUGAAGACAAUCGUCAAGAAGUUGAUUCAGUCACUUGCUAAUCUGCCUUCGGAUGCCCAUGUGGUCGCCUGCGCUUCCUUGAGACAGAUCCUACAGAAUCUCCCUGAUGUAUGAGUCUGACGGACGUCGGAAUUGAAGCCACAGUUGGCUUUGUUUAGGAGAACUGGAUAUUCUACCUUUCUAAAUGACUCAGCCCAGAGUGGAUGUUUUUGUUCUCCUGAAGGAGACGUGAUAGCACAUGUUAAAGUCUGCCACCAGCGCCUGUAGCUUUCAGAACUAGAUGGCAGUGAACACUUUUUAAAGUUGUAGUUUACAUUGUUAAGUAUGUUGAUGUAUUUGCUGACUUAUUGAUUGAAAGACACUUAAUGUUGUGGAGCUAAUUGGAUUAUAUAGUAUGAAUCCAUAUUAAGCAUUAGUUUGGACUGAAUGAUACCUUAAUCUAUAUUUGUAUUAAUGUAGGCUCUAAGGCUUAAUAUGGUUAUUUAUAUGAUAAAAGCCCCAUGGUUCUUAAAAUUAUCUUGAACAAAAGGGACAUUUGAUAAUUGACAUAUUCUGUUUGCUGGACACUUCUUGUUAGGCUAUAAGAAUGAUCUUUAGUUGUAGGACUACAUGUGUCAGUAAUUAUGAGUUCCAAUCCUGGCAUUAAUCACAUCAUUGGGAAGGAAGCAUUGCUUCUAGGCCUUGUGCUGCCAUAUACUGGUUUAUAAAUCUAAAAUGAUCAUGAACUAUGAAGUACCAAGGUUAUAUGAUAUGUAAAUAUACGGUACAGUACUAUUAAAGUCUCGUGUGGGAACAUCUAGCCUUUCUUGCUGGCUCUAAAUAUUCCGAGUGAUGUGGGAAAGUGUUGUGAAGAAAUGGAGAGAGUGGAUAUGCUGGCAGGAUUCCCUGAACAUUUACACAUGUAGAGCUGGGAAUAGAUUACUGUAUUUUUUGUAACAACAAUCUGAACAUACUUAGGAAAGAUGAUUUCCUAUUUUUCAAUAAUGACUGUAUUUAGAAACUAUAAAAUGACAUGCUACUUCUCUUUUAAAAGUUUAUAGUAGAAACAGUGUCAUGUUUGGGGGAAAAAAUUAAGGUGUAUGUGUUGGCUUGUUUCUUAAAAGAAGUAAAAACUAGGUCUGUGUUA